AAAGAUUUUCAGUCAGAUUUCUAAUUCCAGGUAAAAUAAGUUGAUGAAUGAUAGGUGACGUAGUACUAUAGGGGCAUUUCUGAUAGAGGCCUUAGCUACUCCAUGUUGCAGCAUUGGUGCAUAUAUACGCACACAUCUUAAAUGCAGUCAUAUUGGUAAUGCAACAGUACAUGUCCAAGCAUGAGUUGUAUAUUGGAGAGUUUACGAUGUAACCAUAUAGCACAUUCACAUCGAACAUUCAAAAAGUCAAUAUAUGAACAUCCAUCUUGCAAGUAUCUGCAUACGUCACAUGUUAGCCUUGCUAAAGAGCCAGCAGUCACCUUUUAUGAUAACGAAGGAGCUAAGGAAAUAGACUACUAUGAGGUAUUUGAGGGCAGUGACAGAAAGGAGAGACUUCGGAAAAGAAAAAGACAGCGGAAUCCCCAACUACCAGAAUCUGUAACAACAAUACAAGUUGAAGAUCAUGGAAGUGUUCACAUUAUGGGCUGUAACCAUUUCAGUUCCAAGAGUCAGGGGGAUGUUAAAUUGGUAAUGGAGCUUACUCAGCCAGAUAUUGCAGUGCUGGAGUCAGACAGGCAUGGUGUAGAGGAGGCUACAGAGCUAUCCCAAGAUGCAACUGUCUCAAGAAUGCAACAAUUUAGCUUACCUAUGUUGAUGUUCCAAUAUAUGAAGCAAGGCACAUUUGGAGCAUUGGGUUACUUAGAAACUAUAAAAUUAAUACAAAAGUAUCAAGUUUUGCCUGGAUCAGAAUGGAGAACGGCAUAUAAAUGUGCAGGGACCAUACCUGGCUGUGCUGUCCACCUGGGAGACAUGCCUGCUGAUAUUUCUGCUGCUAAGAUAAAGGCUACUAAUCUAGGAUGGAAAAUAAUAUGGCACAUGUUAAAACAUCCAAAGUUAACAAGGUCAACCAACAGGUCACAGCUGGCAGAGGAUAUAGAUGGACUUGUUAAGAAACAUGUAACGCCAAUUCUGAUCCAUGAACGAGAUCUGUUUCUCACAUAUAACAUAAGAACUGCUGCUCAACUACCCAAACACCUUAAAGGUGUGAUUGAAGGGCCAGUAGUUGUAGCUGUUGUAGGUAAAGACCAUGUAGCAGGGAUUGUGGAGAGUUGGAACAAACACAUAGACAUAGACUCACUUUGCAGGAAACCAAGACCACCAUUAUUUGGAACAGUAUUGAAAUGGACUAUAGGCAUUACUGCAGUAGUGGGGCCUACUUGGAUAUUUUAUAGAGCUUUCAAAAAUAGACUUACUAUAAACAGAAUGGAACAACAGUUUAGAGAUAGCUGA